UCCCGCCCCAUUUGGACAAAGCCCCGCCCCCCCAGGGUCUGACAUCGCUGCCCCUAUUGGAGCGCCUGGGCUCCGUCACCCUGCUGGAUGUGGGGGGCAACGCCUUGCAGGGGCUGCCCCAAACUUUGGGGGCAAUGAGGAGGCUGCAGGUGCUGGACGUGUCGCGCAAUCAGAUCGCGACGCUGCAGGGAGUCCCGCCCCUCCCGCGGCUGCGUGAGCUGCGAUUGGAUGGCAACCCCAUAAGCCACGCCCCCGCCCUGGCCCCAUUGGCUGACUUCCCCCGCCUGUCUGUCCUGGGAUUGGCUGAGACACCGUUGGCCGCCGCUCCUGACGCCUCCGCCCGAUUGGCUGAGCUUCUCCCCCGCGUCACCGUCGUCCUCUCCUGAUUGGAUGGUGCCGUUUGCUCCGCUCUUCCUCCGGAUACGGGGCUUCAAUAAACUGCUGUCACGUGGUC